UUUGAUAAAGAUGGAUUCUUGGUUAUUCCUGGAUUUUUUACUACUGAACAGGCUACCGCACUGCGUCAUGCAGCUGCAGAUUUACUGGCUUCUUUGGACAUAAACACUCAUCCAAAAACCAAGUUUACUACCGGUGAAACUGGUAAUUCGGAACAUGUCAGCGAUGAUUACUUUCUGUCUAGUGGUGACAAGAUAAGAUACUUUUUUGAAGAGGAUGCGUUUGAUGCUAAUGGUACUCUGGUUACCGAUAAAGCCAAAGCAAUCAACAAGAUUGGUCAUGGUUUGCAUGAACUCGAACCAGCAUUUAAAUCAUUCUCUGCCGACAAGGGCAUCAAGCAGAUUAUGAAGAGUCUAAAGUAUAAAGAUCCUCGCAUUCUUCAAAGCAUGAUGAUUUUCAAGCAACCAAAGAUUGGUGGUCGUGUACCUCCACAUCAAGAUUCGACAUUCUUGUUCACCAAGCCUCUCUCUGCCAUUGGAUUCUGGUUUGCACUGGAAGACUGCACUUUAGAGAAUGGCUGCAUGUGGUUUGUUCCCGGGUCUCAUAAAAAUGUUUCGGUUUCUAAACGAUUCGUAAGACGCGAAGAUGGACAAGGAACCAAGUUUAUCGACAUUGCACCUCAUACUCCAGAUCCGCCUGAAUCUGACUACAUAUGUGCUCCUGUCUCGACUGGAUCGUUGGUACUCAUCCACGGAUCUGUUUUACACAAAUCUAACCACAACUCUUCGAGCAAAAGUCGUUGGAUUUAUACAUUCCAUUGUAUCGAGGGCGAAGAUGCUGGCUAUGAGUAUCCCAAGGACAACUGGUGA